GCCUUCAGCCUAUAAAUACCACCACCUCUCAGAAGAACGUUCUCUAUGCAAUUGUUUUGUGCGGUUGAAUGUCAAAGAAUGGCAUCUCAAGGAGUUCAGAUUCUGGGCAUCUUUAUAUCACUGAUGGGCUGUCUGGGUGUGAUGGUAGCGUGUGGCCUGCCCAUGUGGAGGGUGACGGCCUUCAUCGGCGCCAACAUUGUGACAGCACAGAUCAUCUGGGAGGGCAUCUGGAUGAGCUGUGUGGUGCAGAGCACGGGGCAGAUGCAGUGCAAGAUCUACGAUACCGUGCUGGCACUGAGCUCUGACCUGCAGGCCGCCCGGGCCCUGGUCAUCAUAUCCAUUUUGUUUGGGGUCUUCGGGGUGGUGGUGUCUGUUGCUGGUGGGAAGUGCACGGACUGCAUCGAGGAUACGCGCACCAAGGCCAAGGCAAGCAUCACAGCCGGAGUGCUCUUCAUCAUCGCCGGUGUGUUGUGUCUGAUCCCCGUGUCGUGGACAGCCCAUUCUAUCAUCUCAGACUUCUACAACCCCAUGCUGUCGGAGUCGCAGCGGCGGGAGCUGGGGGCAUCUCUUUACAUUGGCUGGGGUGCGGCGGUCAUGCUGCUGCUUGGUGGGGGUCUUCUCUGUUGGAACUGCCCUCCCAAAGAGCAGCGCAUCUACAACCCUAAGUUCUCUCCUGUGAGAUCCACCAUCUCAUCCAGGGAAUAUGUCUGAGAGAGAGAGAGAGAGAGAGAGAGAGACAGACGCACAGAGAGAGGGAGAGAG